AUGUCCUAUCUCGACAAUCUCAUGCCGUUUCUGUUCCCCUUCUACCGGCCCCCCCUUGCCCAGGGUGGCAGGUCGUGGACCCUCGAUGUCAUGAUGACCAGCCCCGUGGUGCGGCAGAUGGCGCUGUGCCAGAACUCGUAUUUCUUCUCGCUGGCGCCGGGCGCACGGGCAAUUGCCAUGUGUGGUGGGAGAGGGCUGCUCGCGCAGAGCAAAGACGCCUUUGAGACGCUGAGACGGUCCCUGCAGGCGCUGGAUGGGCGGAUAGACGACACCGACACGGACAUGGAUCUGUGUGAAGUGAAUUACCACGCACACCGCACCGCAGCUGUCGCUCUCUUCCGCCGUGUCCUCGACAGUGCCACUGGGACACCCUCCAACUUCGAUGCCGUCAUGAGCCGUCUGGGCACGUCUUCGUGGAGACUGCCCUCGCAUACGACAUUGCAGGAGAAACCAGCCCUCUACGAGUACCACCGCGGUCUUCUAAGCGACACUGACGGAGGCGACCCUCCCAUCGACCUCGAACCUCUCUGCGGAUGUCAGAACUGGGUGCUCCUCCCGAUCAGCGAGAUCGCCGCGCUCGACGCGUGGAAACAAGAGCGCACGAGGGCCGGUGACCUCGACGUCGUGGAGCUUGUGAGUCGUGCCACGCCCGUGAUGGACGUGUUGGUGACACGCGUCACUCGGCUCGAGGCCGCUGCCAACAAUAUCACCACUGCCUCUGGCGCCUCAAAGAGAGCCUCUGGUCGCGGUCCACUGCCAUUGGAUUUCUUAUUCCCAGCAUACCCGUACCACCGCGACGAAGCAGCCGCACAAACAAUAUCGGUGCAGACGGCCCUAAACACCCGGAUUUGGGCCCACGCCGCACCGGCGUACCUCUCCGUCGUCCUCUCCGGCUGGCAACCCUCGAGCAGCGACAUACGGCACCACGUCUCGCGGAUCAUGGCAUGGAGCUGCUCCUGA